AUGGCUGUAACGCCUGCUGCAGCAAUGGCUGCCACUGCUCCUUCUUCCAAUUUAUCUCCUUCCUCACCGUAUUUUCUGCGUUCUUCAGAUCAGCCGGGGGCUGCUUUGGUCUCUCCACCACUUGAUGGGGACAAUUACCCAACAUGGAACCGGGCCAUGAUCAUGGCAUUAGAAGCCAAGAACAAACUCUCUUUUGUGGACGGUUCCCUUUGCUGCCCAGAUCCCUCUUCACCAGAUCACCCUCAUUGGGUGCGAUGCAACAGUAUGGUUCGAUCGUGGAUCGUCCAUUCGACUAUUUCCUCCAUAGCUCAUAGCAUCUUGUGGCAUGAUACAACAUUCUCUGCGUGGACUGAUCUUCGCGAGCGAUUCUCUCCAAAAAAUGCUCCGCGUAUAUUCGAGAUACGCCGUGCCUUAUCUACCCAUGUUCAGGGUACAGAUUCGUUGUCUUCUUAUUAUACUGCUGUCAAGGGUUAUCGUGAUGGAUUAUUGUCAUAUCGGGCACUGCCGAAUUGCAUUUGUGGAGCCUUGAAACCUCUCCAAGAUUUUUUGGAGACUGAUUAUUUGAUGGAUUUCCUCCAAGGAUUGAAUGAUUCAUAUGUUGUUGUGCGUAGUCAGAUACUUCUCAUGGAUCCUCUGCCUUCGAUCAACAAGGCAUAUGCACUGUUACUUCAAGAGGAACGCCAACGUUCCCUUCAUCUUGUGCGCCCUACAGUCCCUGAUUAG